GCAGGACACCUGAGCCCCACUGCCUGCACCCUGAGGAAGCACAAGACGAAUAGGAAGCCCCGAACCCCGUUCACCACUUCCCAGCUGCUGGCUCUGGAGCGCAAGUUCCGCCAGAAGCAGUAUCUGUCCAUCGCCGAGAGAGCCGAGUUCUCCAGCUCCCUCAAUCUCACAGAGACCCAGGUCAAAAUCUGGUUCCAGAAUCGGAGGGCCAAGGCCAAGAGACUGCAGGAGGCUGAGCUAGAGAAGCUCAAAAUGGCAGCGAAGCCCAUGUUGCCAUCAGGGUUCAGCCUUCCUUUCCCCAUCAACUCUCCCAUCCAGGCUGCCUCACUGUACGGAACAUCCUACCCUUUUCACAGACCUGUGCUUCCUAUCCCGCCUGUUGGACUCUAUGCUACUCCCGUUGGAUAUAGCAUGUACCACUUAUCCUAAGAAGAUCAGAAAGACAAGCAACAGUGAGACAGACUUCCUGGUGGAUCAUGUCCAACCCUGAGAAGGCAGUACCCCAACCAGUACUGACCGUUCUUUCUGCACGUUUCUAUCUGCCAUCCUGAGUGUAUGGGAGUUUGCGUUAGCAAAGCAAGGCACCCUGUAUGCUACGGGUUGGGUGUCUUCUGAGAGUGCUCUGAGCGCUCUGAGUCUGAUCC